UUAAAACAAAAUUAACUUGUAUUUAAUCAUCAAUAGAUGUAGGGGCAUAUCUUUUACCUAUUAUAACAUCCAUUUUUUGGCUUAUUAAUAAAAGCCAACCACCUUGGCUUAUGGCAAUAUCUAUUAUAUUAUUGAGUUUUAAAUUUUUAUUAUUUUUUAGAGUAUUUAAAUCGUUUGGAAUUUAUUUUGCAAUAAUAAUUGGUGUUGCGAAAAAAGUUUUUCCAUUUUUAGUGCUCUUAUUUUUUAUAAUACUUGGAUAUGCUCAAGCAUUUUUCAUUAUUCUAAGAUCAAAUAGUAUUAAUGAUGAUAAUAAUCCACAGAAUCUUGCAACUAAAUAUGAUUUCGUUAAUUCGGAUGGAACUAUAAAUAAUACUACAUCAAUAAUUCAAGAACCUGAUUCAAAUACAAAUUUAUUUAAUUGGUUCCCCACUUCACUUUUAGCAGUAUAUAAUCUUCUCACUGGUGAUUCCGGAUCAUUAUCAUCAUUUACUUAUCGUGAACAUUCUAUUAUGACCAUUCUAUUGGCUACCUUUACAUUUUUCACAGUAAUCUACCUUAUGAAUUUAUUUAUUGGAUUACUCAACCUAGCAAUUGAUGAUUAUAACAAAGAAGAAGAGUUUUUACUUCAAAAAGCACAAAUUAUUAUGGAGAUUGAAAUAUUUUAUAUGUUACCAUGGCAACGUAAUAACAACAAAUGGUUUCCAGAUUGGAUUUAUUAUGAUAUACCUGUGACUGAGAUUCGUAAAUUAAUUAAUGCAAUUGAUAAUGAACAGACUGUGUUUAAUUAUCCUCCAAUUAUCAGUGAGAAAUUGAGAAAGUUAGUGGUACUUACUAAUGAAGAAGAACAAAAUAAUAAACUAGAGAAGCAAAUAGAACAAACGAAAGAUGAAUUUACAAAACAAAAUGUUGAGCUUAAACAACAUAUAAAAGAAGAGCUUACAAAACAAAAUGUUGAACUUAAACAACAAAUGGAACGUAUUAUGAAAUAUAUUGGAAUAGAACAAGAUAAUGAGAAUGAGGAAGAACAAGAUAAUAAAGAACAAGAUAACAAGGAAGAACAAGACAAUGAACUAGAGCAAAUAGAACAAACGAAAGAAGAGCUUCCAAGACAGAACGUUAGUCUUAAACAACAAAUGGAUAAACUUAGUCAACAAAUGGAAAAUAUUAUGGAAUUAUUAAAAAAAAACUAGACUUUGUCCCAUGCAAUUUUUUUUUUUUUUUUGUACAUCAAGAAGGUUUAAAGGAACAUUUUUUUUAUAAGAUUGAUAAUGUAAACAAACACUUUCUUUAAAUAAAAUUAAUAAAUAUGAAUUUCU